GAGGCACGGGAGGAGCCGGGGAAAGGAGCGCGGGCCGCGCCGCACGCCGGAGCCUCCGGGAGCUGCCCGCUAGCCGGCGGUAGGGCUGUACGGCCCCCGCCGCGUGGGUCCCUUCCCCUGCCCGCCCGCCAGCCCCACCCCGGCCUGCCUGAGCCUCCGCGCACGGCCGCCCGCUGAGGGUCGCCGCGCCAGCCAAGUUGGAAUGGGGGCCUGCAACCACUGCCCGGCGCCCAAGAGGCCACCUGCGUGCUAGAAGCAAACUUUUGUCUCCUCGGGUUGCCACCCAGGACUAUGAGCAGCUGAGAUGGAGACGUCUGCCCCGGCCACUGCCUCGGAGAAGAAAGAAGCCAAAAGCAGAAUCCUGGAGGACAGUGCUUUCCCUGACCCGGGUAAAAAGGCCUGUCCCCUUGCAGUGGCUGCAGCGGCAGCUGUGGCUGCCCAAGGAGUGCCGCAGCAUCUCUUGCCACCAUUCCAUGCACCCUUGCCGAUUGACAUGCGACACCAGGAGGGAAGGUACCAUUAUGAGCCUCACUCUGUCCACAGCAUGCAUGGGCCUGCCACUCUGAGCGGCAGCCCCGUCAUCUCGGAUAUCUCCCUGAUUCGGCUUUCCCCGCACCCUGCUGGCCCUGGGGAGUCCCCGUUCAAUGCCCCCCACCCCUACGUGAACCCCCACAUGGAGCACUACCUCCGGUCUGUGCACGGCAGCCCCACGCUCUCCAUGAUCUCAGCAGCCAGGGGCCUCAGCCCCACUGAUGUGGCCCACGAGCACCUGAAGGAAAGAGGCCUAUUUGGCCUCGCUGCCCCAGGCACCAACCCCUCAGACUAUUACCACCAGAUGACACUCAUGGCCGGCCACCCCACACCCUAUGGGGACCUGCUGGUGCAGAGUGGGGGUGCUGCUGGCACACCCCAUCUCCACGACUACCUCAACCAGGUGGAUGGUGAUGCUGAUGCGCCUUUUGUUGGCUGUUGUGCAGUGUCCCGAUUCUCCAGCCCCCGGGUGACCCCCCGCCUGAGCCGCAAGCGGGCGCUAUCCAUCUCACCACUGUCAGAUGCCAGCCUUGACCUGCAGCGGAUGAUUCGGACCUCACCCAACUCACUGGUGGCCUACAUCAACAACUCACGCAGCAGCUCAGCAGCCAGUGGCUCCUAUGGGCACCUGUCAGCAGGUGCCCUCAGCCCAGCCUUCACCUUCCCCCAUCCUAUCAACCCUGUGGCCUACCAGCAAAUCCUGAGCCAGCAGCGGGGCCUGGGCUCAGCCUUCGGACACACACCACCCCUGAUUCAGCCCUCACCUACCUUUCUGGCCCAGCAGCCCAUGGCCCUCACCUCCAUCAGCAGCGCACCCACUCAACUCAGCAGCAGCAGCAGUAACUGUCUAAGCGACACCAACCAGAACAAGCAGAGCAGUGAAUCGGCUGUGACCAGCACUGUGAACCCCAUCACCAUUCAUAAGCGCAGCAAGGUCAAGACUGAGGCUGAGGGUCUGAGGCCAGCCUCCCCACUGAGACUGACGCAGGAGCAGCUGGCUGACCUCAAGGAGGACCUAGAAAGGGAUGACUGUAAGCAAGAGGCUGAGGUGGUCAUCUAUGAGACAAACUGUCACUGGGAGGACUGCACCAAGGAGUAUGACACCCAAGAGCAGCUGGUGCACCACAUCAACAAUGAGCAUAUCCACGGGGAGAAGAAGGAGUUCGUGUGCCGCUGGCAGGCCUGCACGCGGGAGCAGAAGCCCUUCAAAGCGCAGUAUAUGCUGGUGGUCCACAUGCGGCGGCACACUGGCGAGAAGCCGCACAAGUGCACGUUUGAGGGCUGCUCAAAGGCCUACUCCCGCCUGGAGAACCUGAAGACACACCUGCGUUCCCACACCGGGGAGAAGCCAUACGUGUGCGAGCAUGAGGGCUGCAACAAGGCCUUCUCCAAUGCCUCUGACCGCGCCAAGCACCAGAACCGCACCCACUCAAAUGAGAAACCCUACAUCUGCAAGAUCCCAGGAUGUACCAAGCGGUACACAGACCCCAGCUCACUCCGGAAGCAUGUGAAAACAGUCCACGGCCCAGAUGCACAUGUCACCAAGAAGCAACGCAACGAUGUGCACCUCCGUGCCCCGCUGCUCAAGGAGAACGGGGACAAUGAGGCCAGCAUCGAGCCUAGUGGCCAGGGAUCAGAGGACAGUACUGAGGCCAGCAGCACCAGCCAGGCAGUGGAGGACUGCGUGCAUGUCAGAGCCAUCAAAACAGAGGGCUCCGGGCUGUGUCACUCCAGCCCCGGGGCCCAGUCAUCCUGCAGCAGUGAGCCCUCUCCCCUGGGCAAUGCCCCCAACAAUGACAGCGGUGUGGAGAUGCCGGGGGCGGGGCCUGGGAGCCUGGGAGACCUGACGGCACUGGAUGACACAGCACCGGGGGCUGACGCCCCAGCCCUGGCUGCCCCAUCUGCUGGUGGCCUGCAUCUGCGUAAACAUGUGAACUCCAUGCACCGGUUCGAGCAGCUCAAGAGAGAGAAGCUUAAGUCACUUAAGGAUUCCUGCUCGUGGGCUGGCCCAGCCCCACACACCCGGAACACCAAGCUGCCUCCCCUCCCAUCAAGUGGCUCCAUCCUGGAAAACUUCAGUGGCCCUGGGGGCAGUGGGCCAGCAGGGCUGCUGCCCAACCCUCGGCUGUCUGAGCUAUCUGCUAGUGAGGUGACCAUGCUGAGUCAGCUGCAGGAGCGCCGUGACAGCUCCACCAGCACGGUCAGCUCAGCCUACACCGUGAGCCGCCGUUCCUCCGGCAUCUCCCCGUACUUCUCUAGUCGCCGCUCCAGCGAAGCCUCGCCCCUGGGUGCUGGCCGGCCGCACAAUGCCAGCUCCGCAGACUCCUACGACCCCAUCUCCACCGAUGCUUCUCGGCGCUCCAGCGAGGCGAGCCAGUGUAGCGGUGGCGGCUCAGGAUUGCUCAACCUCACGCCAGCACAGCAAUAUAGUCUACGGGCCAAGUACGCUGCGGCCACAGGUGGCCCACCACCUACACCACUGCCUGGCCUGGAGCGCAUGAGCCUGCGGACCAGGCUGGCGCUGCUGGACGCACCUGAGCGUGCGCUUCCGGGCAACUGCCCACACCCCCUGGGGCCACGGCGUGGCAGUGACGGGCCUAUCUAUGGCCACAGCCCCCUGGGGGCUGCGCCCGCCUUCCCCCACGAGGCACCUGGCGGUGGAGCCCGGCGGGCCAGCGACCCUGUGCGGCGGCCCGAAGGCCUGACACUGCCUCGCGUGCAGCGCUUCCACAGCGCACACAACAUGAACCCUGCCCCACUGCUGCCCUGCACGGAGAGGCGUGGCCUCCGCCUGCAGAAUCAUACCAGCCUGGAGGGCAGCCUGGUCCGCAACGCAUAUUCGCCUCGGCCACCCAGCAUUAGCGAGAAUGUGGUGAUGGAGGCCAUGGCCACAGGGGUGGAUGGCACAGGGCCCGAGCCUGAUCUGGGGCUGCCAGAAGACGACCUGGUACUGCCCGACGACGUGGUGCAGUACAUCAAGGCACACACUGGUGGUGCACUGGAUGAGAACACAAGACAGCUCUAUCCCACGGAAAGCACUGGCUUCCCUGAGAACCCCAAACUGCCCAGCCCCGGGCUGCACAGCCAUCGUAGGGUAGCAGCUGCAGACUCUAAUGUAGGCCCCUCUGCCCCUGGGAUGGGAGGCUGCCAGCUGGGCUAUGGGGCACCCUCCAGCCUGAACAAAAAUAACAUGCCAGUGCAGUGGAAUGAGGUGAGCUCUGGCACUGUGGACGCCCUGCCCAGCCAGGUGAAGCCACCAUCCUUCUCCCAGGGCAACCUGGCUGUGGUACAGCAGAAGCCAGCCUUUGGCCAGUACCCUGGCUACAGUGCACAGGGCCUACAGCCGAGCCCGGGGGUUCUGGAUAGCACACAGUCGCGCAACGUGGCCCUCUCUGCAACCAGAGGUAACUACAUGCAGCAACUUCGACACCCAGCCACAGGGACCCAAUGUGACAGCAUGACUGCCACUGGGAGCUCCCACACCAACUAUGGCCCAGCCCAUUCCCAGUUGAGCCCCAGUAGUGUCAGUGGGGCCCUGAACCCGUUCCCCACCCCCUGCAGCAGCAUCACAGCCAAGCCAGGCCCCCUGGGGCUCCCUCAGCAGAUGGAAAUUGCCUCUGACCCUGCCUUGAUGGGCAGCCACUGCAGGGAACUAGGGGUGCCAGCACUGCAUGCAGCCCAGAGCUACCCAGGGCAGAGCCAUCACUUAGCAGCCCCCCUGAGUCAGGAAGGCUACCACCAGGCCCCCAGCCUGCUCCCUUCCCAUCAGCCUGGCUUCAUGGAGCCUCAGCAGGGAUCCAUGGGACCAACUACAUCCAGUUUUGGCUUAUUACAACCCCGACCACCCCUGGAGCCCAGUCCUGCUGGCCGCCACCGUGGAGUACGUGCUGGGCAACAGCAGUUGGCCUAUGCCAGGGCCACCGGCCAGACCAUGGCUACCAUGUCAGCUGGUCAGGAGACAGCAGAGGCUGUGCCUAAGGGAACAGUGGACACCAUCAGGUCAUUGCCUCCUCAGCUAGCUUCGCAGGAUGUAGGGGGGACGCAGGACCACAGCAUGGUCUAUUACUAUGGCCAGAUCCACAUGUACGAACAGAAUGGCAGCCUGGAAGGCCAUGGUGGCUCCCCAAACACAAGACUCCAGCCACCACAACCACAGGCCUGCCCAGACAGUGUCCAGCCCCAAUCCUUGCCCUCACCAGGGGUCAACCAGGUGUCCAGCACCGUGGACUCCCAGCUCCUGGAGGCCCCCCAGAUCGACUUCGAUGCCAUCAUGGAUGACGGUGAUCACUCGAGCCUGUUCUCUGGCGUGCUGAGCCCUAGCCUCCUCCACAACCUCUCCCAGAGCUCCUCCCGCCUCACCACCCCCCGGAACUCCCUGACCCUACCCUCCAUCCCUGCAGGCAUCAGCAACAUGGCAGUUGGGGACAUGAGCUCCAUGCUCACUAGCCUAGCCGAGGAGAACAAGUUCCUGAACAUGAUGACCUAGGUCCCAAACCCUGGCACAGAGCAGGACCAGAGGGGUCCUCACUUUCCACCCUCCCAUCCAUUUCAUCUUUUUCAAAAAGUAGUAUUAAGUCGGCCUGAAGAGUUUUUGCCAGUGACUGGUUCAGGCCAUGGAUGUUUUAGGAGAAGGUCUAUAGGCAUCCUCUUUGCUCUCUUAGACUAUAUUUUGGAACACUAAAAAGAGUCUCAAUUGGGAAGGAAAGGAAGGAGUGAAAAGCUCACAUACACAGCGUUUGUCAGCCUUUGGUGUUCAUGGAACCACUCUGUUCUGGCUUCUUCACUCUGUCAUUUGGCUAGUGAGGAAUUGUGUUGACCAGUAGCAUUCACAUUCAUGCAGAGAGAAGGUAAGGAGCCAUGUUUGGGUUUGAAUCUGAAAGCAGUACCGGAGAUUCUGCUCUGGAGAGAUGGGCUUCUCAUUCUGCCACCUGCCCACAGAAGGAAUUCAGGGCUUCCUCGGAUUCUUCUUUGAGCUUAAGACUUGAGGUUGCUGAGAUCCCUUGCCAGAGAGGAGAAAAUCACAGUCUGCUGAGUUUCGAAAGCAAAUUGUAAUUCCAGGUUUGGUAGAGUUGGCAUCUGUACCCUCUGGAGCAGGGUUUGGGACAACAGAUUGGCCAAGUGUAUGUGAAAGAAUAAAAUAUUUAAAUAUCGCCAGAGAAAGGAAAUAGUGUACUGUGUGGGGCAAGUCCAAAGGCUGCCCGUGUUUACAGUGUUCCUGCAUGGAAAAUAUAGCCCUUCCCGAAAAGAACGCUUGCUCCUAUAUACCUCGGGGCUACCCAAGCUGCUGCAGGUAAGAGAUGGACAAGGCCUCGAGGAGUUGGGGAUGCACCUGGGAGCCCUCCCUGUAGGAAGAGGAAGUCGCAUGUUUACCCAUCCUUGUUUCUCCAAUGCACUAUCUGCCCACUUUACUAAGGAAAACCCAAGGGUUUGACAGUGGCCUCUGCCCAGUCUCUCCUAAGCUGCACUGAGUGGCCAUUGACUGCCAGCAGCCCAGUGGUCCAGGCCAAGCCACAACAUGCAGCCGCAGUACCUUCCGGACUCUUAACCUCCGUGUUUUCCUCCCUCCCUCCCGUUACUUGGCAGAGAAUGAUGACAUGCAUGGUGUUUGGGAUGGGGGUGGGAGGGUGAAGGGGUUGGUUCUCAGACUCUGAGGGAUCGUCACUGAAUUGUCCUGUUCAAUUGUAACUAAGCCUCACCUCAAAGUGGAAUUUGGAACUGGCUUUGAGAAGACAUUCCUGAGCAUCCUGCAGAAUAAAUCAGUGCAUCUUCUGCACUAUCAUGUGUGUACACAUGCAUGUGUGCACACACAUCCGAGACUUUCUGUUGAAUUUAUAGCAACCUGCCAAACCAACUGUAUCACUUGAGCUUCAUUGUCUCUGUGACUUGGCUCUGGUGGGGAACUUCUUAGCAACACCUGCAAACAGGGCCAGAACCUGAUGGGCUGGGUCCCCUGUGUCCCUGCACAUUAAACUCCUUAAGGCCCAGAGAUAAGGCCAGCUCCAGUGACAGUCCUGGGACAUCACCGAGGCUCUGCAGCUUGUGGUGGCCUAUGUUCCCCUCCUAAGCUGGGGUUGCACUCUCUGUUCCUAGCCUAUAUAUAUUCUGUGCAGAAGACACCAUCCUUGAAUAUACUGUAGGUGAAUUGUCCAGCCAAAUUUAUAUCUCCAAAACAUUUUUAGCUUUUUCUACAUGCUAUGAAUUGAGAUGACAUGCUCAACUUGUAAAUAAGUCUUUUUGUACAUUAAAAAAGUAAUUUUUUCAUAA